AUGUUCUGUACGGCGUACCCUGGUAUGCCAACGAGUGAGAAGAGAUGCUAUCUCACUUACAUCCGAGACCGCAUCAUGUAUGCCAUCACCUACUUUGAUAUGUGGCAGGAGCACGAGAGCAGGGUCAACGCCAAGAUCGAGCACGCCUUGCAGCGCAAGAAGGGAGUGACGGACCUGCAGGAGCGCGAGAAUGUGACUCGGGAGAUCUAUCCAGAUGGUAAGCCCUUCUUCCCGCCACCAAACACAAAGUAUAGCCCCCCCUUGUACGAGCACGAAGGGGACAUAGGGAUGUCUAUAAGGCAUGAGGAUAUCAGGCAUGAGGUGGAGGAGCUCGAGACGAAGAUCAUCCCUUUCUUGGUCAAGCAGUACGAGACACAGCUAGAGGCUCUCAAGAUCAACUUUAACUAUGAUCCCUUUGAGAUCAUUCAUUGA